ACGUUCGCUGUUUUGCGUCUCCUCUUAGCUGCCGCCGUACUUCGCUGUCUCGCCAGCUUACCGACGACGGCUAGCUUGCUGUUCAGAUCCGGCUUUCCACUCGCACAUCAAGCCUGCUGUCAUGCCGCACGCCUUUGUUGCCUUCGUCGAGGACGACGAGCUGCACGUGCGCGUGCCAACAACAAGCCUCGCUCUCGCAACCUCUGAAGACCUCGAAUCGUUGCACCCUGCGCUCACCUUUGGGGCACUUAGGGUCGCCGGCUCAUCGAACAUCAAGAAGUCGUCUGCCGCCUCAUCGAAGAGCAAGAGAUCGCCCGCCGGAUCAUCCGCCGGACCAUCCUCCGCCGGGCGAUCAUUUGUCCAGCUACCCGAACCAUUCACUGUCGCAGGCAUGCAGGCGUACCGCAAGAAGCGGAACAAUAAGAUCAGCGAACAAACGGACUCCAUCGAGCUCGUCACCCUCUCCGCGAAGCUCGAUCUGUCGCUGCUGCCGAACAUGCUGCGAGUCGCGUCUGACACUGGGGAAGCAGCCACGUCACUCCGGGCAGCCUCGCCACGGGCUGCAAGCGAGACGCUUCUCGGGCGUCGCAUCGAUGAGCUUCUGGCGUCGGCCCUCAACCACUUGCUUGCCGCGCGUGACGUGCCUGGCGAUGCCCACGGAGAAUCCUGGCUCUGCUUGUCGUAUCUACCUAUCGUAGCGGAGCUCGGAUCGAGCACUUCGUUGGCGCCGUUCGCCAUGUCUGCGCCGCUCAACUUCAUGGUGCAGCAGCAAGCAGACCUGGCUUGCCGGCGCCAAGACGCGCUCGAGGCAGCGCAAGAGCGCAGCAUCAGGCAGCUCAAAUCUAACUCUCGUCCGUCGGCCUCGUCUUCGCUCAUCACAGACGCCGCACCGCGCAAGACGCUUCACACACACCAGCAUUGGGCGGAAGAGGGCGACCUGCAAGCGAGACUGCAGCAAGGCGUGCUCGCAGCCUCGAACGUCAUUCUACGCUACGCUGCGACAGGCGAUGCCGGCGAGCAGAUCGCGCCGCUCCUUUUCUGGACGCGCGAAAAGACGCUCGGCAGAUAUGUGCUCUCUGAGCAGCCGGACAUGAAGGGGGAGCCCGACUUCUAUCUCCUGCGUCGCAUGCCGGAUGGAGAGACGUGGACGAUCAUCAUGGUCGUGGAGAUCAAGCCGUGGGUAACGCGUGAGUUCCUCGUGCAGACCUUCUCGAGCAGCAGCAACGCAAAGCGCGCCGAGAAGCGUGCAAGGCGUUCACGUACGGGCGAGGAGGCCGCCGGGACCGGGACGCCUACCAGCGUCAGCGGCCAGCAGCAACUGCGCACCCAGGUCCUCAAGUAUAUUGCCGGGACCGCAGCGACCUCUGCGCUGGUAUUGACUGGCGAAGAGAUACUGUUCAUGGAGGUCAAGACCAGCACAGCGGAAGGCCGCGACUCGCGCUUCCAGUUCGACGUUGCUGCGCACGAGACGAUCUUUGCCCACUCGGCUGCAGAGUACGAAGAGCCGUCAGGUGAAACCUGCGUCGUGGUGCAGGACCGCAACAUGACGAUGGCUCUCACAGGGCUCGCCCUCGAGGCCAGUCACGUCUUCUCAAGCUCUCCACCGCGCAAGCCGUUUCGACUCAGCACUGCGGUGGCAGAGCUGCUCGCAGCGCUCGCAGCGAUCGAGGCCAUGAAGCAGCAACAACGACAGGGCGCUGAGAGAGAGAGUGGCGAGCAAGGCGACGGCACCGAGGGAGAGAGGGAAGAGCAAGGUGAAGACAACGAGGGAGGGAGCGAAGAGAAAGGCGCCGGCACCUCGAACGCAGGGCAGGGAGAAGAGCCGCCUGCGCCGCCCGGUCUCGGCAUCAGCGGUGCCGCAUUUGGCGCGCAGGCCAUCGAGCGCACCAUGGUCUCGCACCGCGCCAUGGUCUCGUACUGCGACGACCCUUUUGCGGAAGGACGCACGGGCACCGCGCACCAAGGAUGCGUCUCCGUCGGGCCUCGGCCCCAGCCCGGCCAGAUCUUCUGCGUGGACAUGAUCCAGCGGCGCAACGCGCUGCCGGGCUGUGCAGCGCGCACCUGCUCGACUCCCGGCCACACCCCGAUCGUCGCCAAGCAGGGUCGCCGCCACAAGUUGCUCGAGGAAGAAGAGAAGCUCUACCAGGAGCUCAAGGCGCUGCAAGGCAGCGUGCUGCCGAAGCUCCUCGGUGUCCACGGCGACACGGGCGCACUGAUCUUCGAAGACGUCGGCAGAUCACUCGACUCCGAGCUGCUCUCCGAGUUCCUCGAACUCGGGUUCGCCUCGCAACUCAAAGAUCAGCUCACAAGCCAUGUCGCUGCUCUUCACUCUCGUGGCUACGCUCACCACGACAUACGUCUCGACAAUGUGUGUGUGAGGCUGAGCAUGAAGAGCGAGCUGAAGUCUCGGUCCGCUGCAUCUCCUCCGGUCAGCGUCGAAUUUGCCUCGCCGUCCUCGUUUUUGUCAUCGCCCUCGCUGCAGUCACGCACGGCUUGGAGGAUGAGUAUGCUUCUUCACGUGCGCCUUAUCGACCUUAGUCACGCCGGCAAGCUCAACGAGGUCGCCAUCCAGCUGGGCAGGACCGAAGAUGACAUCAAGAAGGGCGAGCUCCGGAAGUGCAAGGCACUCAUCGACGAUGCCCUCGAGAAAGUAUGCGCGGUGCGGGCACAGGAGGGCAGAUCACCGCCGCCGUCGCAUCCGUCGAGCGACGACACGGUCUACACCGCAGACACGGAGCACGAAGGCGUGGACGACACUGAGGAGGCCGGCACUAAGGGACAGCGCGCGCCCGAGGCGCCCGAGGAUAUGGCGGCUGAGGGAGGCGAGGCAUAGAGCGGGGGGGGGCAGUCUCAUGGCAUUUGAGCGGGCGCUGCGUGAUGUCUGUCUCGC